AUGAAGAAUCAAACUUUUCCUCGGUCUACUAAAUCAAAGUCACAAGGUGCAGCACUGGAGAAAGACAAGCAUAAAAAAACAUCGACUAAAAGUAACCUUAAACCAGGAUGUGAUUCCUCGCAAAACAAGCCCUUAACUGGGAAAAUUUUUUACUUGGAUGUUCCAUGUAAUAAAAGGACCCAAACUUUGGAAAAUGAUAUCAAAACACUUGGAGGGACAGUGGAGAAGUUCUUCAGUAAGGAGAUCCGGUACCUGGUGUCCAGUAAGCCCGAAGCCCGGCAUGCCCGGCGUUUGGGACUGGACUCUCCGAUACCGAGCCCGGAUUCCGGUCUCAGCUCCCCCCACCCAGCCAGCAAGAAGGGCAGCUCGCAGGGUCAGGCAGACACUGCUGUCGUAAGCAGAGGCAAAGCAUUGGUGGAAAAAGUCAUCAAAGAACAAGAGCGCAUUCAAAUGAACAGAAUGCUAGCCAAUGCAGUUGAAUGGGGGGUGAAGGUUCUCUACAUUGAUGACAUAAUAUCUUACAUAGAAAGAAAGAAAACCAAAAUCACAACUCUGGUGAAGACCCCUACAGCCACAGCCAAACUGGAAUCAACAGAGAGAACCACAUUUCAGAAACACAAUGCUGGAAGAAUCAGUCGUCCUUUUGUUAAAGUGGAGGACUCAAGCAGGCACUACAGGCCCAUCUACCUCCCCAUGCUUAAACUGCCCGUGUGCAGUCUGAGGGGCCUUCCCCCCUGCAGCCCGUUUUACGCGGAGGAGAACGACAGAGAGGGGCAGGGGAAGAGACCGAGAGAGCACAGAGAGGAACGUCACAGAGGCAGGAGGAACAAACGGAGAGGACAGGAUGGAAAAGAAAAGAGAAAAGGAGGCUACUGUGAAUGUUGCAUAGUCAAAUACGACAGCCUGAAAGCACACCUUCAAAGUGAGCAGCAUCAAGCCUUCUCGAAGAGCGAGGAAUACCUGGUGGUGGACAAAGUCAUUGCAGGACUGACCUGUGACCUCAUACAUACAACCACUCCUAGAAACAGGCCGAAGUGCAGUAUUUCAUCACCUGUCCUCACUCAAGGACCAGUAGCAGAGAGGAUGGAGGGAUUGGAGGAGCAAAUGGAGGUUAAAAGAGAGGGCUUGACGGAGGAGGUGCCUCUCUGGGCUUCCACAGGGAGUUACCAAGCAUCUCAAAGCGUCAAAUGUUCUAGAGAAAAGCCUCACAUACCCCGCAAACGCAACCGGGAACUGUUCUCCUGCAGCCACGGAGACAGAUCCGCGGAGCGCUCCGACGUUCCGGACGAUUCCCGAUCCAAGCGCGGUUUCUUUGACGGGGAGUCCUAUCCCACCAUCCGGAAGGCUUUGGGGAAAUCCUCUUUACUCAGUCCUGGGCAAGGCUGUAGCUGGGACGCCUCAGAGCAGAGCCAAACACCCCAUUACAGCCAGUACACAAAGCAGAGGACACAACAAGACACCCACUCAUCACACAAACACAGCGUGGGGAUUUUACAGGCUUCAGUCACAGCAGACGGCCUAAGGACUACGUGUAAGCCGUCAGAUGUAUGGAUGACUGAGAAAGCUAAUUGUAAAAAAGACAGUAAAAAAACAGAGUGUGAACCUUCACUGAGCUAUAAACUAGGUUAUCAGAUGGUACGGGAAACACCUGUAAGUUUGAAAGAAAAUGAGCCAAUCAGAACUGAUCAGUCUAAAACCACGGUGGAUUCUCAGCCAGACAGAAUCGAGAAGCUUUUCAAGGAUUCAGAGUCUGAUCCAAUCAGAACGGGCCAGCCUUCUCAGGUCCUAAUGCGAGAGCCAAUCAGCACGGACGAUCCAUCUGCGGGCACGACGUUGCGGAGGAAAGUACGCGGUUUGAGUCGCAGGCGGAAAGUCGGAGGGCUGACGCCGCAAAACGGGACGGACAAACACUGCGACCGCCAGACCGUUCGUUCCUCUGACACACAGCCAAACAAUAGCACCAAUUCCUCAGACUCCACUUUUCACCUGUGGCAGCUAUUCCAAUCUAGUGAUAGCACUGAAGAGGAAUUUAAAGGAUUUCAGAAUUAG